CGGAUGCACAAUUGUCGCCAAGUUCGACUCCUUCUUUCCAGCUCAUUCUUGCCUUCAGCGUCAAUCUCCGCAGUCUCUUUGCGUACUGGGAACGCGUGAAGUAUCCGAGGGAGCGCGCAAAAGACUCAAGGGAGCGCUCGAAGCGCGAAAGUCUCGUAAUCAGCGACCUCCCCGCUUCCCUCACCGCCUUCCCCGCUUCUCUCGGCGAACAUGGCAGCCCCAAGCGCCGCGGACGGCACCGCACUUAUGCACCUGCCGACUGUGAUGACGCUCCUGCGGGAGAUGACGCUGAAGACGCAGGAUGCGGAGGCCGUCAAGCAGGAGAAUAAGGAGCUUAAGCGGGAGCUCGAGCGUCUACGCAAUGGUCAUUCCGUCACAAGUAUGGUGGUCCAGUCGAAGUGUGAGGGGGGAAGUAUCUCGCAGCCAACCGGUGCAUUGAACGCGUCCAAUGGACCUGCGCCUCCUCCGGUCAGCUCGUCGAGUUUGGGCGCUGAUAGCACGCGUCUUCACGCGCUCGGUAUGGCCCAGGAGCGCGGACAUGCAGAGUACGAAGAGAUGAAGCGCGAACUGGAGGAGUACAAGCAGAAGUACCACCGCGAAUUACAUGCGAACGAGGAGCGCGUUCAGCGCGUGGUGAAGUUGGAUGCCGAUCGCGUUAGGUUGGAGGACGAGGUGAAGCGCCUGCGCGCGGAUGCUGAGGGACUGAAGCUGCAGUUGAAGGGCUUCGAAGACGUUCGCCAGAAGAAUGAGGAGCUGAGUAAGUCUAUCGAAAAGCUCAUCCGCGAGAAAGACGCCCUCGUCCUCGAGCUUGCCAUCUCCCAGCAAGAGGUCGAGGACCUCGCCCGCCUCACCGACGCCGGCCUCCGCGAGGAGAACGACCGGCUCAAGCACGAUCUCAACGCGAAGGACGCUCAGCUCAAGCACUUCCGCGAGCGCAUCGAGAGCAUGCAGCAGUCCGUGCACCGCAGGCGGGACUCCAUGUCAUCCACCACCACCGCCCGGCACCGCUCGCAGCCGCCCGUGGGGCGCGUGCCCGCGCCCGACGUCCCUCCGCCUGUCCCCCCGUUACCGCGCCCGGCGAGCAUGAUGGUCGCGGGGUCGUCGGAGGCGCAGAAGCUGCCGAGGCCGUCGUCGAUGUCGGCGAUCCCGGGCGUGGUGACGCCGCGGCGGGCGGGGCACCGCUCGACGAAGUCGCAACACUCGCCUGGGAGUAUCGUAACGCAGACCCGGACGACGCACGGGCAUGGGGCGCGGCCUCUGGCGGAUGUGUUGGGGUUUGGGAACGAGCGGGUGAAAGGGAAGGGGAAAGAGAAGGCCGUAUCGGUGAAGGAGGAAGACGAGGUUAUCGAGAUUCCGGACGGCGAGGUGGUGACGCCGACUCAGGGACCUCGCAGCGUAAUGCCCGAGGAGCGUAGGAAAGCGCUGGACGAGUUUCCGCAGAUUGUCGUGGACUUGUCAGAGGAGACGAUGCAGCAGAAUGCGUUUUCGCGCACGCAACUGCAGUCGGUUCUCGGCGGGAACAAACAGGCGCUCAUCGCUAGAAUCGCAGCGGAACGGCGAGGAGACAAGAAGGUGGCAGCGAAGCAUGGGGUGGUAGUCUACCUCUGCCCAGGGCUUGAGCUGAAUCCCUGGUGUCCGGAUACGCCGGGGAAGCAUGGGUACAUGUUCGUGGGCCUGGGGCAGGAUGCGGGCACAUUCACGCAGGAGGAGACGUGCCCGCUGUUUGUGACGGUGGCGCCGCAGAGGUGCAUGUAUAUGGGGACGUACCAAGCCAAGCGUGUUCAAGACCUGACGCCUGAGGAAUGGUGGGCUAUGGACGCGAAUUUCAAGGAAAGCUACGUUCUCGUGACCGCGAAGAAAACGGGACAACCGCAGUCCAGCGCAAAGCAGAUCCGCGCGGACUACGACAGCGGCGUCCUCCGCGUACCCUGCGUGCGGCUCAUCUGCGUCGGCUUCGAGAACGACUUUGUCCAAGACAUCCUCAACGCCCUGCAGCUGCAGCUCCCCACUCCUACCUCCACACCGAGUGCCAAGGUGAGGGGAAAGCGGCGCAGGGACGCGGUCGAAGACGAUGACGCCUAUGAGGGCGACGUCGGCGAGCCUGUUACCCCUCUCCCUUUGCGCAAAUCCCCCCGGAAACACGUAUGAUAUUUCUGCUUUCUCGACUGCUUUCUUGGAUCACUGUACAUGCCGCGCGUGUUUCGGAUUUCUUGUUGAUAGCUCUAUAUACUCUUCCUUCAAGGACUGAUUUAUGCGUAUUUAUUCAUACCAUCGUUUACUCCCUUGCUUUGCGCCUUAUCUUACUCACUUACCCCUCUCAUAUAGUCCUUCUUGCAUGUUCUACGUACGUAUAUGCCUUCUUGACGCUGUAUACAUCGUCGCCUUGGUGCCGCCCUCGCACAGGCCUGCAACUGUGACUCACAGACGCCACACGCCACCGGAGAGUGCCG